AUGUUUUUCUCCACUGUCUCCUUGGUGCCACUCUCUUCCCUCCCUUGCUCUCCCUUCGUAGCCCACACUCCUUCUCCCACGACUUGGCUCACCCUCCCUCUCUUUUUGCUCUUAGUCCCGCCCUCUCUCUGUGGUGAUAGUGGUGGUUGGUGGAGGUCUACAGAGCAACUAGUUUAUGGUGGUUCGAUGUCUGGGGUGUAA